UUUGAUGUGGUCAGAAAUCGCAUCCACAAUCGUUUUGACAGCCUGUGGAAUGCAAGCAAGUUGUCAGUGAUACAUAUUAUUUAAAAGGUUUUUUUUUUUCAAAAUUAUCGUCCAAAAAUUAUUUUGGUAAAUCCUCAUCAUUGCAAGAUGAAGUUGCAAGGCUGGUAUACCUGUCCUGUUAUGUCAGGAGAGCACCCAGAGGAUGCAAGUCGAUUCCCCAGGUUAAAGACUGACCCCCGCUCAUGCGUGUCUCAGAAAUGUGAAGAUAAUGUUGUAACGACAACAACUGACACCGUGCCAAAUGCUGCUGUACCACAACUGAGCCAGUCUACUGUUGUACAAGAAUACACAGUCAAUGUGCCUUUGGUUCGGCCAAAACCUGAGUUCCUGAGAAUUUUGCAGAUUGUAGGCGCUAAGGGCGAGGUCUUCACCAAAAAAGAGAUCUGUUUUUACCUAAAAGAGUACAUUGGUUCACGCCUCCUGUAUGAUCCAAACGACCCCCGCAUUGUGCACUGCCAGAACGAUCCAUUAGGCCAGGUGUUUGAACUCGACAGCUUUACCAUCAAUGAUGUUUUCGGGUUGUUAGCUAAACACUGCACGGCCAUGCCAGACUCGUGUAUCAAGCGUAGACGCCAUGUCCUUUCCCCAGCCACACAGCAUCAGAACCGUCAGCUGCUCUUCAGAGCUCAGCAAGGAACUGCGUCUGAGAGUUACCUCUCUGGUCCAGCCACGGGCGUGGCACUCAGUAUCUCUGUACGAUCUCAAUCUCCUAUCAGCAGUACAACAACAACAACAGAGGCAGUGCCAAGUUCUGCUGCACCAAACUCCAGUGCUGCGUCAUCAACACCCAAUGUGUCUCGCACAUCUGCAACUGGUGCAGAACGCACGUCCAGGAAGCGGUCUCGUGGGAAAUCUUCGAGCGAGUCAGAAGGGAGACAAUCCAAACGGAGGGCAUCCUUGACCAUCCAGAAUGACACAGAGUCGUCCGGCUACCCAUGGUACUUCACUGUCAAAAUGGAGACUUCAGAUGACAGUGAAGUUCUGAGUGUACAGGGUAAGGAGACAGUUCGUGUGAAGGACUCCUCGGAUGAUCUCUGGUUUGUGGAGGAAGAUCAGAUCUCUGUCCACAUAGAUACAGACGAUACUUUCUCUGUAGAGUAUGAGGUUGAGUCUGACAGGGAGAGUGAUUUCAUUACUGAGCUCAGCGAGGGCAGCUCAGAUGGGUCUGAGGAUGUGCUGGUUGUAUGUGAGGACAGUGACGUUGAAUUCUGGGCUGAUUCUAGUGCGUCCAGCUCAUCAGAUUCUGAUGAGGAGUUGAGCGAAGCCGACAAGUGGAGGUGUGGAGAGUGUGACAAUGUCAACACCCCUGUUCAGAGAUUCUGCGACCGAUGCUGGAAGUUACGGCCAGGAUGGCUUCCAGAGUUUCGGAACCAGAGUUAUUUUAAGCGAUCUCUCUCCGCCCCAAGUGGCCUGUCCUCUUCGGAUAGUGAACGGGCGCGAAAGCGACGACGUGUGCGCCAGAAGACCUCACGAGGCGUCAGGCCAUCACCAGGAGCAUCUAGAGAUGUUUCACGUCCGUCCAAUUCUCUUCACUCACCUAUAUCAUCAUCAUCAUCCUCUUCUUCAUCCCAUAAUCCAGCCUCGGUGAGAUUAUCCCCUCCGCAGUCAUCUUCCCCUGCUCGUCCGUCCACUGCAGCCUCCCCAAAACUAGGGAAUGCCUGGACGCCCACAAAACUGUCACGUUAUGACUCUGGGAUAGGAAUGGGGCCAGCCACAUCUAGUCAGGGCAGUCAGAAGUCCAUGAGUUCCAGGAGCCCCUUACAGAGCCCCACGAAGAAAACAACCCCCAAUUGCAAGAGCAAACAUGCCAAAGAAGACGGCAUGGAAGUCAGAACGACUUUGUCUAACUACCAGUCAUCCCUUAGUGAACAGUUCAAGGACUUAUGUAUGAUUUGUCUUUCAAAGCCAAAAAAUUCUUGCAUAAUACAUGGGAAAACUUCGCACCAGGUUUGCUGUUAUGGCUGCGCCAAAACACUGAAGAAGCGUGGACGCUCCUGCCCCGUGUGUCGUCGUCCCAUCUCUCACGUGACGAAGAACUAUCUCAUGUAAUUUUGCACACUCCUGUUUGUAUUUUAACAGAAGAGCCCCACUUGUGAUAUUUUAUUGAAGAUACUUUUGAAGUUGUCUCAUCAUGUUUAUAGCAGUACUUGAAGCUUUGAACUACAGCAAAACAAAAUGGAUGUGCUAAUAUGGAUGCUCUGAGUUUAUAUAGUGCCAGGUGUUUUAAAUACCAUGACAGGAAGAACUAUGUUAAUUAGAAUGUUUAAAACUGUUUGUUGAGAAAUGAUUCAUUAGUUGUGCUACAUUCUUUUAUUUUUUUUUAAAUGAUAAAAACAAUGUUUAUUGUAUGAAUUGUUCAGUUUUUGAUUUAAUCAUGGAUUGUUAAAAAUGUUUCCCAGUCACUUGCAUUUUGUGGAAGGGAUUUCUGAUACGCUUUAGGUUAACAACUGCCCAAAGGGCUUUUUCUCGAGGUUGUGUAUGUAUGAUGUUUAGCAGUAUUAACUCUUGUUUUGUUAGAGGCAGCAUUUAGCUUAUCAUUAUGUGAAGAGAUGUUCCAUGUAUUUAUGUGAGCUGGCAUUUGAAAAUAAUAUUCUGAUGUGUAAAGCUUUCUACAUUACAAAAGGAGAGCAUGCUUGUUCACGUAUACAUAACCAUCAGAAAUGUUACUAAAAAACACUAAUGCCGAAUAAAGAAUUGACA